ACCUGACAUGACGUCUUACGGCCGGAAGUACAGCAUGAGUUGUUGGCUAUCCACGUGAAUUGUUUAUGUUUGCAUUUCUUUCAGCUCUUUCACUUUAUCAAACGUAGUUGUGUGAUAUUCGGCAGUUUGUUGUCGUGUGGAAUUAUUACAAUUUUUGUGUUUAAUAUCUCUUAUGACUCAUAGUAGCUCUGCCACCUGACUAGCUAACUAGCAAACUAGCAACGGGUUCGCAUCACCUGUCGUUGCUAACAUACUGUCAAAACCCCUUUGCUAGUUUAGCCUACACUAUGCUACAUGUUGUUUAUUUGCUGUAACACUUAGCCAUUGUGUGAAUUGUGGUAAUCAUGAGACAUACCAGCCUGGAUAAAAUCACUUCACUGCAGAAAAAUCCUGCGAACAUAAGAAAUAUUUGCAUCCUGGCACAUGUUGACCACGGCAAAACUACUCUGGCGGAUUGCUUAUUGGCAAGUAAUGGCAUUAUAUCCAGUAGGCUCGCGGGGAAGCUCAGGUAUUUGGACAGCAGAGAAGAUGAGCAGAUGAGAGGAAUUACCAUGAAGUCCAGUGCCAUCUCUCUGCACUAUAACGAAGGUGAUCAAGAUUACUUGCUGAAUUUGAUUGACUCUCCCGGGCAUGUGGACUUCUCUUCUGAGGUCUCCACUGCUGUACGGCUUUGUGACGGUGCCAUUGUUGUUCUUGAUGCUGUGGAAGGAGUUUGUCCUCAGACCCAAGCUGUUCUGCGUCAGGCGUGGUUGGAGAACAUCAGGCCUGUUCUGGUCAUUAAUAAAAUAGACCGACUCAUCUUGGAGCUGAAGCUCACUUCUCAGGAAGCUUACUGCCACUUACAGAAGAUCAUGGAACAGGUGAAUGCGGUGACAGGAACCCUGUUCACAUCUAGAGUGAUGGAGGAGCAAGCAGAGAAAAUAAAAGAGGAGAAAGGGAGUGAGACACGGACUGAAGAUCAAGUGUAUGACUGGAGUGCAGGGCUAGAAGAAGCUGAUGACUCUCAUCUCUACUUCUCUCCUGACCAAGGAAAUGUGAUCUUUGCAAGUGCUAUCGAUGGAUGGGGCUUGAGCAUCCAGCACUUUGCACACAUCUACAGCGAAAGGAUGGGCAUUAAUGCGGAAGUGCUUCUCAAAACCCUGUGGGGAGACUUUUACCUCAAUGCAAAAGCUAAGAAGAUCAUGAAGGGAGCUCAGGCCAAAGGCAAGAAGCCUCUCUUUGUGCAGCUUGUGUUGGAUAAUAUUUGGAAUGUAUAUGAUGCAGUUGUUAAUAGGAGAGACAAGGAGAAGAUUGAGAAGGUGGUAGCAUCACUUGGAGUUAAGGUGAUGGCCAGGGAUUUUCGUCACUCUGACCCCAAAGUCCUCCUGUCUGCAAUAUGCAGUCAGUGGUUACCUGUGUCUCAGGCUGUCCUUUCAAUGGUAUGUAAUAAGCUUCCGAGUCCAUUGGAAAUAGCAGAAGAGAGGGUGGAGAAACUGAUGAGUGUAGGAGUGCGGCGAUUUGAUACCUUGCCGGAGAGGACACAAGAACUGAAAAAUGCGUUUCUCCAGUGCUCCAGCAAUGAAAAUGCUCCUGUCAUAGUUUUUGUAUCCAAGAUGUUCGCAGUGGACCCAAAAGCCUUGCCUCAGAACAGACAGAGGCCUUUGACUCAGGAAGAGAUUGCUCAGCGCAGAGAAGUGGCAAGAAAAAGACAUACUGAAAGGAUGGCAGCUGAACAAAAAACAGCAGCAGGACCACAAGACCGACAAGAAAAAUCCCUUAAUGGUCAGCUUGAAGCACUCAGCAAAGAUGAGCCGGAAACUCAGGUGCUGAAAGAGUCCACGCCAGGGGAGGCAGAGGAGAAAAGUCAGACCUUCAUCGCAUUUGCCAGGGUGUACAGCGGGGUGGUGAAGAAAGGACAAAGAAUCUUCAUACUUGGACCAAAAUAUGAUCCUGCCCAGGGUCUGACCAUGCUGCCAGAUGGAUGUAGUGCUUCAGAUUGUGUGCCUGAGGUGCCUCAUCUGUCCUGUUGUUCUAUUGAAAACAUCUACCUGCUGAUGGGUCGAGAACUGGAAGAGCAAGAGGAAAUGCCAUCUGGCAAUGUGCUAGGCAUUAAAGGCUUGGAGGAUUUUGUUUUGAAGUCAGCAACCCUUUCUACCUCUCCUGCCUGUCCACCCUUCACUCCACUCAACUUUGAAGCUUCACCCAUUGUACGAGUAGCCAUAGAACCAAAACACCCAAGUGAGAUGCCAAAGCUGGUGCGUGGGAUGCGGCUGUUGAACCAGGCAGACCCCUGUGCUGAAGUGCUUAUACAGGAGACGGGUGAACAUGUUUUGGUCACUGCGGGAGAGGUUCAUCUCCAGCGCUGCCUUGACGACCUUAAAGACCGGUUUGCUAAAAUAGAGAUCAGCGCAUCAAAGCCAAUUAUUCCAUUCAGGGAAACAGUGGUGCGUCCUCCCAAAGUGGACAUGGUGAAUGAAGAUCUUGGCAAACAGCAAAAAGUUGCCAUUAUACACCAGGUAAAAGAGGAAGGUUCUCAUGGCUGUUCUUCAGAGACACUACAUGUCGAUACCAGUGGUUUGGUCACGCUCACCACUCCCAACAAAUUGGCCACUGUCAGCGUCCGGGCAAUCCCCUUGCCAAAAGAGGUGACUUGUCUUUUGGAGGAUAGCUCAGAGCUGAUUCGCUCUUUGGAACAAAUCAAUAUGUCCUCGAAGGAGGGGAGGAAUCUAGACAUCAGUGUAAGGACCUUGGAAGCCAUCACUGACCUCAAGGCCCAACUGGAGAACAUGCUGCAGGGGAGGAAGUGGAGGAAUGCUGUGGACAAUAUCUGGGCCUUUGGACCUCGCAGGUGUGGCCCAAACAUUCUGCUGAAUAAUGUGGAGGGCUAUCAACGGCCAUCUCUGUGGCAGUGUUUGUGCAGGGAAGAGAAAUCUGGGGAAGCUGAGGCACGGCUUCCACGAGAUUUGGAUAACAGUAUCGUUAGUGGCUUUCAGCUCGCAACUCUGUCAGGGCCGAUGUGCGAAGAACCCUUGAUGGGUGUGUGCUUCUCCAUUGAGAGAUGGGAUAUCCAGUCUUCAAACUUGCCACAUCAGCAAAACUCCUCAGAAGAAAAUGCCACAUCCUUAAAGGCUUUGGAGGCUAGCAAAGUACCAGAGAAUACUAAUGCAUCUGCGCCGAGUCAAGACAAGCACCGUCAAGAGGCAAUCUCCACAGACUGCUAUGGGCCUGUGUCAGGCCAGCUGAUAGCUGCCAUGAAGGAGGCGUGCCGCCAAGCUUUCCAGGCUCAACCCCAGCGACUUAUGGCUGCUACGUAUACCUGUGAAAUCAUGGCCACUGCUGACGUUCUGGGCCGAGUGUAUGGUGUUCUCGGAAAACGAGAGGGACGCGUCCUCCACGAAGAAAUGAAGGAAGGGACAGACAUGUUCAUCAUCAAGGCUGUGCUUCCUGUCGCAGAGAGUUUUGGUUUUGCAGACGAAAUUCGCAAGAGGACCAGUGGACUGGCCAGUCCACAGCUGGUCUUCAGUCACUGGGAGGUGAUCAGCAGUGAUCCUUACUGGGUUCCGACCACUGAGGAAGAAUACUUGCACUUUGGAGAGAAAGCUGACUCUUCUAACCAGGCGCUGAAAUACAUGAAUGCUGUCCGCCGCCGAAAGGGCCUCAUUGUUGAGGAAAAGAUAGUUGAACAUGCAGAAAAACAAAGAACUCUGAGCAAGAACAAAUAAACACACUAUGUGAUUUUUCUGUUCCAGCAGAUGAGAUGGCCAAGAUGAUUGUUUGCAAGGAACAAAUUAGCAAUUAUGUCCGGAGCUGUGUAUGCAACUGUCACUCUCACUCUCUAUUCUUCAGUCAAGAACUUAACUCAAAUGCUAGAAUGCACCUGAUUAAAGCAUUUAAUCAUGUUUAAUGAUUACAUAAUAUGUUUAAAAGCAUGUGUUUAAUACAAAACAAUAAAUUAACAGUGGAUGGA